AGUUGGUUUUUGUGUAAGUGAUAUUGAUCUAAGUUGUGUCUACUAUAUUUUCUGCAUUUAUUUGUUAAAAUGUGUUAUUGAAAUUAAAUUAUUUUUAAGUUUACUCGCUUUGUCUUAUUGCUCGGGCCAAACCACUCGACAAAGCGACUGGGUGGAAGCAAUCGGUCCGCAACGGCGAACCGAGGAAAUAAAAACGGUGGCGGGCCCAUCGACCUGGUUCAGUCAACCGCCGCAGUCGCCGCGACCGUGAUGUGAACAAUGCACAUGACAACAACCCUCGCCGCACUCCUCGCGCUGUGCUGUGAUCUGUGUGCGCCGAUACGAGUGCCCAUUGCUUGGGGAGAUGGUGAAGUGACAAAAGAGUCCAAGGGGCAGUUCGCUGUGGAAAGUCUCCGACCUCGAAAUGCGGAACACAAACCUGUUCCGCUCGAGUACUUUGAGUACACUGCCAAGAAGCCUCAAUUCGCCGUUGAUGUAGCGGCCUCUCAUGGUGUUCAGUCCCCGGAAAAACAUUUCAAAGCAAAUCCGAUCAAACCUCAUACGAUUGAAGCGAAACCACAUUUUGGAGUUCAUCAUAUAUUACAAGGAGAUAAAGCCGCAUUUCAGCCAUUUCAAAAGUUUAUUAAAAGCGUAGCUGUUCCAGUAUCAAGUAACUAUGAAGUAUUUCACCCGUAUAAAGCCGAGGAGCCCGCGCUUCAAGAAAUCUACAGGGACCCUGUUUUAACAAAGAUAAGAGAUGACUUGGAAAAUAACAAAAUUCGACUGCAAAACACUGUAAAUAAAGCUGGAGAAUCCGAUAUCACUAAAGACGAGUAUCUAGAAAGUCCAAAACAAACAGACAAAAAAUUGUUCCCACAAGCGAAUUACCCAUUGGAGUUUGAAAUACAUAAGCCGCAAAGGAGGCCGGUUUACUAUCGAUUAUCUCAAAAGCACAGCCCUAGAGACCAGAUAUUAAAUAAAAAGCUUAAACAUCCCUGGAAUCAAAAUUAUGUCAAGAUAAAACCCGUGCAUUACUAUCCAUUACAAAAUCACAUACGCAACCUACGGCAACAUCACGCAGCCAAGUAUGAUGAUGAACAUAACGAGUACCCUCAAGUGCAAGACUUACAGAAGCAUUCAACACCUUCUGAAGGAUAUGAUAUUUAUGAAAAAGGAAAACAAAAAUACGAACUAUUGCGAAAUCAUGUUGAUGAAUCUAUCGACAAAGCCGUACGAGAAAACAAACCGGCUGCUUACCACGAACCAGAGUUAAAAAACGAUGAAGAUAGUGGUGGUGAAAAAGAUGUUGAUGAUGAAGAAGAUGAGUUCGUUCCCAUUAAAAACUACGCUCAGGUCAGAAAAACAGAAUCGAUCAAGCAUUUACCACGUGAAGCAGCUUUAGAAGAUGCUGAAACUUAUGAAGAAAUACGCAAUGCACCUCGCUUACGAGAAGCCGUUAAAAGCACCAAAGCGCAAACAGUGUAUACAGAAGAAGGUUAUGAAGACUCAGCCUAUGAUCAUGCUGGUGAACAGAAACAUGCAUCUGAUCACGAAGGACAUGGUGGCUUUCUUCGGCAGAAAGAAGUAAGUGGAGGUAAGUUUAAAAUACCCACAUUUGUGGGAAAUCACGAUGACGGUGAAGGAUCUGAGUAUAAAGAUCAAGUUGUUCACAGUAAAAAAUGGAAAAACGACGAUAAAGAUUUUAAUAAAAAUGUGGAUGCCGAAAACUAUACAGAAAGUGAACAAGAAUACUCUGCUGAAGCGAUUGAUUCUGAAGAGUCAAAUAGAAAUAAAAGAGAAAAUAAUGAUAAAAGUGACACUAUGGAUCAGUACAACUAUCAAAACGAAACGGCAAUAAGACAUGCAGAAGACAAAGGAGAGGUCGUAGACGAAAUCCCGCAUAUUAAUUUGAGUUCUAUAUUUCUUAAUGAAAAAGAAAUGUUAGAAAUCGCAAAACCGAAAGUAGAAAAUGAAAAUGACGAAAUAAAAGAUAAAUACCCAUACUACUUUAAUCAUUUAAAAUCUAUCAGUAAAAACUCACCCCUACGAUACGCAGAAAACUUUAAAUUAAUCCCAAAAAAGUCUAAAGGAGGAACAGAGUUUUAUGAUUCAAGAUCUAAACUCGAAUGCCCCGAAGUUGAAGACGUUGAUCCUAUAUCAGAAAAAGUCAAUGAUAGCGCUGAUGCCAAUGAUAACGGCGCAGGUAAGAAAAAAGAAAACAAUAAAGGGGAAGACUUAUUCGAUACAGUGCAAAAACAACCGAGAUUAAAAAAUCUUGGAGAUAAAAUCGAUUGCUUUAAAGUUAAAUACUUUGGAGAAAAUCCACUUGAUAGUCCAUUUUUUAAAGAAGAUUUAAUUAUGAGUCCUGAACCAGUUACAAUUCCCAACUUGCCAACAUAUAAGUUGGACAAAUUGAAAGAGCACCGCACUCAAGAUGCUCAGGCUAGUGCCGUUGUGGAAAAAAUUGAUGAAUUAAGAAACGAAGGGCGCACAGAUGUCUUUGUUUUAUUAGAUAAAUUAAAAAAUGACCAGAACCAACUAUAUGAUUCUGUUGCAACCGCACAUGAUCAGUUAAGAAAGUCAGUUAAAGCUCAUCAUAAUAGCGUAACUCCAAAAACGGAAUUAUCUCAAGAGUCUAAUAUAUAUAACGAUAUUUUAGAUAAUAUUAAAAAACAACACAAAAAUCAAUUAAAUACGGCAAAAAAUUACAGUUCUACUUUUGAUUGGAUUGAUGAAUUGAAACAUAAUCAGACUGCUGGUAAUGAGACUUAUGUUUCAUACAAAAACAAAGAAGAUGUUACAAAGGCUCCUCAAGUUCUAAGGAAGAAACGUUCAACGUCUUUUGUUUAUGAGCCAUACAAAAUUAUACGAGAAAGUCAAUCUCAAGACUCUAAAAAAACAACAACUUCAAGCAACAUAAGUCCGUUAAUAAAACAAAUGCAGUCCAACAGAGUAGUGGACAGAGUGACUCGAGCUAAUCAAGAGCCUGAAAAACGUCGCAUCAGUAAAGUAUAUAAAGAUAUAGGAAAGAGUGAUAGAGAAAAAAAUACUGAAAUGGGUGAUGAAGUUAUUUCUGAGUCGAGUUUUGUAGAUGUAAACAUAGACGAACGGCGUGGUGAACCUAGAUAUGAAAUCAAACAUCAAAACCAUAAAUCUGAAUACACGCCUGUUGGAAACAAAAAGGCAAUUACAUUGGAAGAUUACCGAAACCAAAAAAACACUGGAAAAAAUCUUACAGAAAUAAAUACCGCAAUAACAAUGUCACCAAUUCAAAGAACAUCAAGGCAAAGACGGCCAUCUUCAAUAUCAAUGUUUGAUGUUUCUGAAUUCUUACCAAUUAGAUCAGAAACCCAAAAUGUCGCUGCAUCUAAUACUAUCCGAAGAACAAUGACAACAAUACCACCAUCUAAUUCUAAAUCCACUGCAUCAACAAUUGUGACAUCAGAUAAAUCUGUAGAAGACGAUGAAAGUGGAGAAGAAUACGAAGAUUAUGAGGAUGAUGAAGACGAAGAAACCGAAGAACAAACACUAACGACAACCACUACAACCACUCAGAAGCCGACCUUGAAACGAAGAAGAAUUGUAACAACAACUGUAGCCACGCACACAGAACGAACUACAGAGCUCAGUGAGCCUAAACUAAGAUUAGUAACGAGGUUCCGAGGAUAUAAUCCAGAUCAACAUAAGAAACAAAUGCAUAGUGAUCAUACAGAAUCGACAGAAAAACAAAAACUAAAAGAAAUGCCACAUAGAAGAGAUUCUUCUGAAAUUGAUGCUCUAAAAUAUAGGGAAAAGAAAAAUAAAAGUUCAAAGAGCACUAUAGUUACAGACACCAAAAAAUAUGGUGAUGAUAACGACGGUAUGAAAGAAGAAGAAUUGGACGCUAUGAUUGGUGUAAAGCACGAUAUUAAAGAAUAUAUGCCUGAAUAUGAAAAGCAAAAUAAACAGAAGUAUAAAGAUUCCUCUGAAGAAGAUUAUGAGGAUAGUUUAGAAAAUUUCGAUGACGAUGAUGAAGAUAAUACAAAUGAAGAGGAGGCACAUGAUGAAGAAGAAGAGGUAGAAAAUAAUGAAAAAGAGAAUCCAAUACCCACAACGCCUGAACCUACUAAGCGUACCCUUGUUCGGACAACUGAUGCACCUACACCUACUGUGGCCUCUCAUAAUACCAAAAUAGUACUCAAGCCUGUUAUAUCGAGAAAAAAAAUCGAAAUACAUAAAGAGCUGCCUGUCGACAAGACUUCACCACACGUGACGCAAUUUAAACAAGAUAUAAAAGAGGUAGAAGUAAUUAAAGAAGUUACCCCAGCUCCUAAAAGGCACCUUAAAAAACAAAAAGAGGCAUUAGAACUCUAUAAGGAUGAUAGGCUGGCGAAAGAAAUUAAUAACUUAGGAGACGUGGAAGUUUUUAAAGAAAAUCUCGAUUUAGAGAAUAGUCCACGUCAUGGUGGCAAUUACAGAAGUAUUGAGGAUGUAACAGAAUCAAAUCCUAUCGCAAAUUUACAGUCUAAAGUACCUAAAGACGCAGUAGCAUCACAGAGUGAGAAUACAAGGCACAACAUCGAACUCGAUGAAUAUUCUCCUAGGAGGAUGCAUGGCGGUAAUUUGAAAUCAAUUGGUGACAUUCCGAAAUCUAGAAGUAAUCAUAAUUCUAAAUUCACUGAUCCAGGGAGUAAUACAAACUCACGAAAUGCAAUGCGAAGUGGUAAUGCGCAACUUGACUCGCGUCCUAGUCGCGGUAGAAAUAAAUUUGAGAGGUUGGAGGAACUAACAGACGACAGUUACAGAGAAGAUUACUCGAAAGACGAAAACUACAAAAAUGUCCACAACAAUAGAAGAGGCCAAGCUAUGCACGGCGGAAACUACCGUAGUGCCAAAAUUGUACAAGCAGAUUCAGAGAAAUCAGAAGAAAACGAUUACGAUAUCCGAGUUAGACCGGAUAAAUCCCAGGACGCUGGGAAAGAUCCUGCAGUAUUGCUUAAUAGUUUCGCGCAGGCUAUUCCUAUUUUGACUACGACCCCUGCCUAUAUUUUAGACCCUAGCAAACGUAUGUAUUAUUAUGUUGAAGCAUAAUCGCAACAAACGUUCGCCAUGAUUUAAUGAAAUAUAAACGAAUAUAAAAGUGCCACUAAAUUAAAAUUUAAUCAUUGAAUUAAACACGACAAAAAAUUGUAAAAGUAAUCGAAUUGGGUUAUAUUUCAAAAUUAUUUAUAGUUAAUUAUAAACUUUCGAUUUAAAUACAAUGCGAAAUACUGUGAUACCUAAAAUAUCAUUAUAUUCGAUUGUGUUGUGUUGGCAACGAAAAUCGCUGAUCAUAAUAUUAUUAUUGAGUUUACGAAAUGUAAUUUAGCAACACUAAUAGCUUGCAUUGUAAAUUAUGAUUGGAGAUUUUGGUUGGACACUUCAAUGUAAUGAUAAAACCUAUUUAUAAUGUUGUUACUUUAUAAUAAAUGUGUAUUACAUAAAGCC